AUGGGUCACCUGCAGCUCUCCUGGAGCCAGUCACAAAUAUAUGGCCAGGGGACUCCCUCUUGCAGCAUCUACUCAAACCAGCACGAUCUGAUCUGGAAAUAUGUCCUCAAUAUGUGCCCUUAGUGUUUCUGUAAGUAAGACAAGGAUAGAGGCUUCAUCAAGUUGGACUAA